AUGCUUGACGAGGAUACAUCUCUUCAUUCCUCCUCAUCCAUAGUGUCUCCAGGCGCUUCUGCUGCUGAAGAAGCACUGCUAACCUUUGAUCAUCGCAAGCUGCAAGAUUACUUUGAACAGUUGUUGCCUCUGGUCUUGGAUGCUGAAAUCAGUGAUCUGGAAAACACUCUUUUUGCUUACCCUGAUACUGCGGAAAAAUUGAAGCGAUUUGCCAACGAUCCACAAACACCUGUUGUAUUUAUUCUAAAAGAAAAGGAAGGUGGCAAAGACGAAGACGACGCCACAUCACCACAAUCAUUUGCUUACACUGUGUCGCAUGAAAUCACCUAUCUCCCAACUCAUGUUGGCUCCUUAGCUGUUAUCAAACGAUUACCUACAUUGGAUCAAUCAAGACCUCUUCAGAAUCAGCUUCAAUUUAUUAAUCUACCUGGUGCUCCCAACUCGGGCGAACCCGGUCAAACCAGUGCUUAUGAAUUCUUGCACUCUUACAUUCAUUUAGCUGUGAGCCCCUACUUCAACGCUUAUGUAAACGCCAGACAUGGAAAAUCAAACGAGGCCAGUUCAUCAAAGAGCAAGAACGAGGACAACAAGAUGGGCGUUCCUAUGGCCAAAAAGAAAAUGGCUGAACUCGAGUUGAGUUUGCUUCAUUUGCAACAAAAUGUGGAGAUUCCCGAGAUUUCACUCAACAUUCACCCUGUGGUUCAAAAGGCAGUUGAUAAGUGUCGUGAGCAAAAUAAGCGCAUUACUGUUGAAGCUGUCGAUCCUACACUCUUUUCAGAUUCGUCCUUCCUCAAUAGAUUGCAAAGUGAUGUGAAUGGCUGGAUCAAGGAAAUUCAAAAAGUGACCAAGAUGUCUCGAGAUCCUGCCAGUGGAACUGCUAUUCAAGAAAUCAACUUUUGGCUGAGCAUGGAGAGAGCAUUGGAGAAGAUUGACGAGCAAUUGAAGAGUGAUCAGAUUACCUUGACACUUGAUAUCCUCAAGCACGCCAAGCGUUUCCAUGCUACUGUGAGUUUUAUUGCUGACACUGGAUUGAAGGAGGGCAUGGAACUCGUUCACAAGUACAAUCAGUUGAUGAAGGAUUUUCCUUUGAAUGAGCUCUUGUCUGCUACUGAUUUGGACAAGAUUAGAGAGUCUUUGCAUAUGAUUUUUGGCCAUUUGAACAAGAAACUCAAGUUAUCUCCCUACCCUAUUCGUCGUGCUCUGCCUUUGGUGGAAGCUAUUUCCAGGGAUUUGAACGAUCAGUUGCUCAAGGUGUUGGGCAGUCGUCGUAUGAUGUACAUGGAGUACGAUGAUUUCGAACGCACCACUGCUGGCGCCGAGUCUGUGUUCCAUACCUGGGAUGACUUGAUCAAGGAGUUCACCAAUGUCGCUCGAGAUGUCACACGUAAACGAUCAGAGAAAUUCUUACCUAUCAAGAUCAACCCUGCUCACGCCAAGCUGCAAGAAAGAGUGACCUUUGUACGUGCUUUCCGCAAACAACAUGAGCAACUUCACCAAACCAUCGUGCGUGUUAUGACGAGUCCUCGUGCCAAGAAGGCUACUGUAGUGGUAGAUGGUCAAGUCAAGAGCGUCAUGGAAGAAGAAGAAAGCGUCAGCAUCAGCGAUAUCAAUGCUGUAGAGGAAGUGAAGCUGGCGUACGAGAGUGUCAAAAACAUUGACGUGCUGGAUGUCUCUCCCGAGGGCACCGAGAUUUGGGUCCAGGCUGAAACGGCCUACAAUGAGCGUGUCUCUCGUGUCGAGAACCAAAUUAUUGCUCGCUUGCGUGACAGACUGGGCACAGCCAAGAGUGCGAACGAGAUGUUCCGUGUGUUCAGUAAGUUCAAUGCCUUGUUUGUGCGUCCCAAGAUUCGUGGUGCUAUCCAAGAAUACCAAACACAGCUGAUUGACAGUGUCAAGGAGGACAUUAACAAAUUGCACGAUAAAUUCAAGAUGCAGUACCGAAAUUCAGAAGCUUACCACAUGGCACAGUUGCGUGAUUUGCCUCCCAUCUCGGGUGCCAUCAUCUGGGCUCGUCAAAUUGAUCGCCAAUUGUCAUUGUACAUGAAGCGUGUGGAGGAUGUGCUUGGUAAAGGCUGGGAGCUCUAUGCAGAAGGUCAAAAGCUCCAAAUUGAGAGUAGCAGUUUUCGCAAAAAGCUGGAUACACGUCUCAUCUAUGAAAACUGGCUACAAGAAAUCACCAAGCGUGAUUUGUCUGUCUCUGGCCGUAUCUUUGAAAUCACUCGCAACCGUGUGCAAAAGAACGCUCUUCAGCUCGGUGUCAACUUUGAUGGUCAAAUCAUCACCUUGUUCAAGGAAGUGCGCAACCUGCUCUGGCUCAACUUUCAGGUGCCUCACACCAUUUCCAACGUAGCCAAGGAUGCCAAACGUGUAUACCCUUUUGCCGUCAGUCUCAUGGAAACUGUACGUACCUUUUCUCAGACAGUGCACAAGGUCAACCGCAACCCAGAAAUCUCUACAUUGGUUGCUGAGAGCCGCCAUGAGGUACACAACAUGAUCACCAAGGGUAUCAACUUACGUUGGGACUACUUUGUCAACACGUAUGAUGCACACCAUCGUCCUCUGUCCUUCAUGACAGGUACACCCUUGGAUGCGCGUGAAAACAGACAUGUCAUGUUUGUGCGUGAAUUCGCCAAUGUGGUCUCCAUCUUCCAAGACAAGGUCGAUUCGUUGAUUGGCUAUUACGAUGAAAUUCAAAAGGGCAUUGACGAGAUGAAGACCUGUCCUUACCAAGCAGAGCGCUUUGAAGAUGACCUCAGUCGUGUACAAAAGCUGAUUGAUCGCUUAAACUUGGAAAACUACUCCAACUUGGAUCAAUGGGUCGCUGGAUUGGACAAGCGUAUUGAAACUGUCUUGAUCUCUCGUCUCCAGCAAGCCAUCAAAUCAUGGACCAGCGCUUUUAUGGGUGUCACUACAGAGGAUGUCAUUGUGCCUGAAGCCAGUGCUUCCAAGAGUAGACGCAAGAGAAAGGCUGGCCGUGAUAGUAUUGUAGCUGCCACUGAAGAAAAUGCCGCUUUGGCUAACCAACAAAAGUCGCCUGAUGUCAAGCCUGCCCUUCAAACCAUUGUCCAUGAGAUUCGUAUCCGUAAUCAACUCAUGUACCUGGAUCCUCCUAUUGAACAAGCACGUACCAGUUGGUGGUUCCAACUGCACGACUGGCUUGCUGUCGUCUGUCAUUUGCCUCGUAUUCAAAGUUCUCGCUAUGAAGGCGGUUUGAGCGUCAAGGACAAUCCUUCUAUUGAAAAGACCUAUGCCAGCUUAUUGACACGCAUGGGAGAUAACUCACUGGAGCAUGCGUAUCAGAUUGUGGAGGACAAGAUUCGUCAAGUAUCUGACUAUGUCAACAUUUGGCUGCAAUACCAAUCUUUGUGGGAUCUGGAAUCAAGCCACGUCUUUUCUAUCCUAGAAGACGAUCUUGGUAAAUGGCAGCAAAUCUUGCUCGAGAUCAAGAAGGCCAGAUCCACAUUCGAUAACUCGGAGACGGAGCAAUCCUUUGGCCCGCUUGUCAUUGACUACGAGCAAGUGCAAAGCAAGGUCAACCAAAAGUACGAUCAAUGGCAGCGUGAAAUUCUCAACAAGUUUGGUUCCCUUCUUGGCUCCUCUAUGAAGGAUUUCCAUACCAACGUCUCCAAGGCUCGUUACGAAUUGGAGCAGCAAUCCAUUGAAAGCAACUCGACGGGUGAGGCCGUGACAUUCAUCACCUUUGUGCAAGACCUGAAGCGCAAGGUAGCCAAAUGGAGCCAGGAUGUGGAUCUUUUCCGACAGGGCCAAAAGACUUUGGAGCGCCAACGUUUCCAGUUUCCCAACGACUGGGUCUACGUGGAUCAAGUGGAUGGUGAAUGGAGCGCCUUUAAUGAGAUUCUGAGCAGAAAGAACAAUGCUAUUCAGGAGCAAAUUGCUGGUUUGCAGAUGAAGAUUGUCGCUGAGGACAAGGUGGUUGAGCAAAAGAUCAGAGACAUUUGUGCUGAAUGGGAAAAGAGCAAACCUGUACAAGGUGAAAUCAAGCCUGACAUUGCUACCAACACGCUCUCCAUCUUUGAGGGCCGUGUUACGCGUCUCAAGGAGGAAUACGACAUGGUGUGUCGUGCCAAGGAAGCUCUGGAUUUGGAGCAAACAUCAGAAGAUCGCUUGGAUCCUGUGCUUGAAGAACUGCGUGACCUCAAGUCGGUAUGGACAGCACUGGCCCGUGUAUGGCAAUCUGUCUAUGAGAUUCGUGAUACGCCUUGGUCUUCUGUUGUGCCUCGUAAAGUGCGCUCACAUAUUGAUGAACUGGUCAAUUCCACCAAGGAGAUGCCUAACCGCAUGAGACAAUACGCUGCUUAUGAAUUCAUGCAAGACACGCUGCGUCAACUGUUGCGCGUCAAUCCUCUGGUGGGUGAUUUGAAAUCGGAAGCCCUUCGCGAACGUCAUUGGCGCCAAAUUUUCAAAUCACUGCGUGUGGAAGGCCGAUUCACCUUAUCUGAAAUGACGAUUGGCCAUUUGUGGGAUCUUGAUCUCAAGCGCAACGAAGCUGUGAUCAAGGAUGUCAUCUUGCAAGCACAAGGUGAAAUGGCAUUGGAAGAGUUUUUGAAGCAGAUCAAGGAGACUUGGACGGGCUACGUCUUGGACCUAGUCAACUAUCAAAACCGUUGUCGUUUGAUCCGUGGCUGGGAUGAUUUGUUCAACAAGUCUAGCGAGCACAUCAAUUCGCUGACUGCCAUGAAACUGUCGCCUUACUACAAGGUCUUUGAGGAAGAUGCCGCUGCUUGGGAGGACAAACUGAACCGUGUGCAUGUCUUGUUUGAUGUCUGGAUCGAUGUGCAGCGUCAAUGGGUCUAUUUGGAGGGUAUCUUUAGUGGCAGUGUGGAUAUCAAACACCUGCUUCCUGUAGAGACAUCGCGAUUCUCCAGUAUCAACACUGAGUUCUUGACCGUCAUGAAAAAGGUCUACAAGUCGCCCUUUGUUAUGGAUGUCUUGAACAUUCCCAACAUUCAAAAGUCGCUGGAACGUCUUGCUGAACUGUUGAGCAAAAUCCAAAAGGCACUUGGAGAGUACCUUGAACGUGAACGUUCCUCCUUCCCUCGUUUCUACUUUGUGGGUGAUGAAGAUUUGCUUGAAAUUAUUGGUAACAGUAAGGACAUUUUGCGUAUUCAAAAGCAUUUCAAAAAGAUGUUUGCUGGUAUUGCUACCAUCUUGCUCGACGAGGAUCACACAGCCAUCACGGGUAUGGCCUCCAAGGAAGGUGAAGAGGUGGUCUUCAAGACGCCUGUCUCCAUCAAAGACAAUCCCAAGAUCAAUGACUGGCUGACGAUUCUGGAGAAUGAGAUGCGUGUCUCUCUAGCCUUGCUGUUGAACGAUGCUGUGACAGAACUAGAAGCCAUCUACAAUGCGGAAGAGAUGAGUUCCACUGAUUUUAUGGCUUGGAUUGACCGUUAUCCUGCCCAGCUGGUUGUCUUGGCUGCUCAAAUCAUCUGGACGCAAUCCGUCGACAAGGCAUUGACCACCAUCAGUGAAUCCUCUGCUGCUGGAGACCAAUCACCUCUGUUGCGCUCUGUUGAGCUUGUAGAAAGAAACCUCAAUAUUUUAGCUGAUGCUGUCUUGUUGGAUCUGGAAGUGAUCAAGCGUAGAAAAUGUGAACACCUUGUCACAGAGCUGGUCCAUCAACGUGAUGUUACGCGUCAACUGGCCACCGACAACAUUGCCUCACCCAAAGACUUUAACUGGCUCUACCAAAUGCGCUAUUACUUUAAUCACGCUGUGGAGAACCCCAUUGAACGCUUGACUAUCAACAUGGCUAAUGCCCAAUUCUUUUACGGUUACGAGUACCUUGGUGUUGUAGAUCGUCUUGUCCAAACGCCGUUGACAGAUCGCUGUUACUUGACCUUGACUCAAGCAUUGGAGCAACGUCUCGGUGGCUCUCCCUUUGGUCCUGCAGGUACUGGUAAGACAGAAUCUGUCAAGGCGUUAGGUGUUCAACUGGGUCGCUUUGUGCUGGUGUUCUGUUGUGAUGAGACAUUUGAUUUCCAAGCUAUGGGUCGUAUCUUUAUUGGUUUGUGUCAAGUUGGUGCUUGGGGCUGUUUCGAUGAGUUCAAUCGUCUGGAAGAACGCAUCUUGUCUGCUGUAUCGCAGCAAGUGCAAACCAUUCAAUUGGGUCUCAAGGAAGCCACCACAAACCCCAACCAUGAGAUCGAAUUGGUGGGUCGCAAUGUGCGCGUGAAUACAGAUACCGGUAUCUUUAUUACCAUGAAUCCUGGCUAUGCUGGCCGUUCCAAUCUACCUGACAACUUGAAGAAGCUGUUUAGAAGCAUGGCCAUGACCAAGCCUGAUCGUGAGUUGAUUGCUCAAGUCAUGCUCUACUCGCAAGGUUUCCGUACCGCUGAAAUCCUGGCUUCUAAGGUGGUUCCCCUCUUUAACUUGUGUGCAGAGCAAUUGUCUCCUCAAUCUCAUUAUGAUUUCGGUCUGCGUGCGCUCAAGAGUGUGUUGGUCAGUGCUGGUAACUUGAAACGUGAUCGUUUGGCCUUGCUCCGUCAAGAUAUUGAAAGCGGCAAAGCAGACAAGACCGAAUACACCACCAUCUCUGAGCCUGUGCCUGAACAGCAGCUGUUGAUUUCCAGUAUUCGUGAAACAGUCGAACCCAAGUUGGUAGCAGACGAUAUUCCUCUGCUGACCAGUUUGCUUGCUGAUGUAUUCCCUGGUGUCCAUUAUGCUCCUGUCAAUCUGGACCGUCUCAAGGAAGAGUUGCGCAAGGUGUGUCAAGAACGUCGCUAUGUGCCUGGAGACGCAUGGAUGGAUAAAGUCAUUCAAUUGUACCAAAUCCAGAACAUCCAUCACGGUUUGAUGAUGGUGGGCCCCUCUGGUGCUGGUAAGUCCACUGCCUGGAAGACAUUGCUGACUGCACUGGAGCGUGUGGAAGGCGUAGAAGGUGUUGCUUACAACAUUGAUCCCAAGGCCAUCCCCAAAGACGCCUUGUACGGUACCUUGGAUUCGACUACGCGUGAAUGGACCGAUGGUUUGUUUACUCACAUCUUGCGUAAAAUUGUGGACAAUGUGCGUGGUGAGAGCCAAAAAAGACAUUGGAUCAUCUUUGAUGGUGAUGUGGAUCCUGAAUGGGUUGAAAACUUGAAUUCCGUGCUGGAUGAUAACCGUCUGUUGACAUUGCCUAAUGGUGAGCGCCUCAACCUGCCUCCCAAUGUGCGUAUCAUGUUUGAAGUAGAGACAUUGCAAUACGCUACACUGGCUACUGUCUCUCGUUGUGGUAUGGUCUGGUUUAGUGAAGACAUCAUUACGCUCCCCAUGAUCUUUUCCAACUACUUGGAAACCCUGCGCAAUGUACCAAUGGAUGAAGUGGAGGAAGAAGGACCUACCUCUUCGCAUCGUGUCGCUGACGCCAAUGCUGCUACCACUACAGAAGACGGCACCACUGUCUCUCUCAAUCUCUCUACCCAACGCGCCAUUGCUGCCAUCAUGGCCCCUGAUCUCUCGGAUGAAAGCUGUCUGGUAGCCAAGUGCUUGGACUAUGCUUCCACUUUGGAGCACAUUAUGGAUUUCACUCGCAUGCGUGUGUUAUCCACCUUCUUUUCAUUGCUCAACAAGACGGUGCGCAAUGUGCUUGAAUACAAUGCUCAGCACCCUGACUUUCCCAUGUCAGGGGAUCAUUUGGAAGGCUACAUUACAAAGCGUGUCAUCUACUCCAUCAUUUGGAGUUUCUCUGGUGAUGCCAAGCUGGAGCUUCGUGCUGUGCUGGGUGAUUAUGUCCGUGGUGUCACUACCUACGAAUUGCCUCCUCUCGCUAAUGAUGCCAGCAUUAUUGAUUACGAUAUUGCAGUCAACACCGGUCAAUGGGUUCCCUGGGAGUCCAAGGUGCCUGUGGUGGAAAUUGAGACACAUAAGGUAUCUGAUGCUGACAUGAUCAUCCCCACGGUAGACACCAUUCGUCACGAAGAAGUACUGUACUCUUGGCUAUCCGAGCACAAGCCCUUGAUUCUUUGUGGUCCUCCUGGCUCUGGUAAGACCAUGACCUUGUUCAGUGCGCUUCGUAAGCUGCCUGACAUGGAGGUAGUGGGUCUCAAUUUCUCCAGUGCUACUACGCCUGAAUUGAUCCUCAAGACAUUUGAACAGCACUGUGAGUACAGAAAGACACCUAAUGGUGUCAUUCUGUCACCUACCAUGAUUGGCCGCUGGCUGGUUGUGUUCUGUGAUGAGAUCAAUUUGCCUGCUACUGACAAGUACUUUACCCAAAGAGUCAUCUCUUUCCUCAGACAGCUGGUCGAGUACAAUGGUUUCUGGAGAACCUCAGACAAAGCGUGGGUGACCUUGGAGCGCAUUCAAUUUGUGGGUGCUUGUAAUCCUCCUACAGAUCCUGGUCGUGUGCCUCUCUCUCAUCGUUUCUUGCGUCAUGCUCCUUUGGUCAUGGUGGAUUAUGCUGGUCAGUUGUCUCUGAUGCAAAUCUAUGGUACAUUUACGCGUGCUAUGCUCAAGGUGGUGCCUAAUUUGCGUGGUUACUCUGAACCCCUGACUGCUGCUAUGGUGGAUCUGUAUUUAGCAUCUCAAAAGCGAUUUACGCCUGAUAUUCAAGCACACUACAUUUAUUCUCCUCGUGAACUGACUCGUUGGGUGCGUGGUAUCUAUGAAGCCAUCAAGCCGCUAGAGACACUGACUGUAGAAGGUUUGGUGCGUAUCUGGGCUCAUGAAGCGUUGCGUCUGUUCCAGGAUCGUUUAGUUAAUGAAGAAGAACGCAAGUGGACCGACGAUAUGAUUGACUCUAUUGCCAUGAAACACUUCCCUGCAUUGAACCAGGAAGAGGCUCUUGAGCGACCUAUUCUCUUCUCCAACUGGUUGUCCAAGCACUACAUCCCUGUCAAGCGUGAACAAUUGAGAGACUUUGCCAAGGCGCGUCUCAAGGUGUUUUACGAAGAAGAAUUGGAUGUGGCUCUUGUCCUGUUCAACGAUGUGCUGGAACAUGUGCUUCGUAUUGAUCGUGUCUUUAGACAACCUCAAGGCCAUUUACUGUUGAUUGGUGUCAGUGGCUCUGGUAAGACCACCUUGUCUCGCUUUGUCGCUUGGAUGAAUGGCUUGAGUGUAUUCCAGAUCAAGGUGCACAACAAGUACACCGGUGCCGACUUUGAUGAUGAUCUCCGUAUUGUGCUUCGCCGUGCUGGUUGCAAGGGCGAGAAGAUUUGCUUCAUCAUGGAUGAGUCUAAUGUGUUAGAUUCCGGUUUCCUGGAACGCAUGAACACACUGCUUGCUAAUGCUGAAGUGCCUGGUUUGUUUGAAGGUGAUGAAUACGCCUCUUUGAUGACAGCCUGUAAGGAAGGUGCUCAACGUGAUGGUCUGAUGCUGGAUUCCAACGAAGAACUGUACAAGUGGUUCAACCAACAAGUCAUGCGAAAUCUCCAUGUUGUGUUUACUAUGAAUCCUCCUGAAGGUGGCCUUGCAUCGCGUGCUGCUACAUCACCUGCCCUGUUCAAUCGUUGUGUUCUCGACUGGUUUGGUGACUGGCCCGAUCAAGCCUUCUAUCAAGUGGGUAUGGAGUUUACUAAGACAUUGGAUCUGGAUGUACCCAACUUUGCCCCUGCUAUCAACUUUCCUAUUGCCUACCGUAACCUGCCUAUUCCACCUAGUCAUCGUGAAGCCGUUGUCAAUGCCCUUGUGUAUGUGCACCAAUCACUGUAUGAGAUCAAUGCCAAGCUCAGCAAGCGUCAAGGGCGUCAUAACUAUGCUACACCUCGCCAUUUCCUCGACUUUAUCUCUCAUUAUGUCCGUUUGUACAAUGAAAAGCGCGAAGAUUUGGAAGAGCAGCAACGCCAUUUGAACGUGGGUUUGGAGAAGCUCAAGGAUACUGUCAUCAAGGUUGAAGAAUUGAGAAAGAGUCUUGCCAUCAAGAAGAAUCAAUUGGAGCUGAAAGAAGCACAAGCAAAUGAAAAGAUCAAACAAAUGUUGGCCGAUGAAAAGAUCACAGAGCAAAAGAAGGCCGAUUCGCUUGAAAUCAAAAAGAACCUGAAGAUUCAAAAUAGAGAAAUCGAAGCCCGUCGUCAAGUGGUCGAUAAUGAUUUAGCCAACGCUGAACCUGCUGUCAAGGAAGCUGAACAGAGUGUCAGAAGCAUCAAGAGACAGCAUUUGACUGAAGUGCGUUCCAUGAGUAACCCUCCUGAAGCCGUCAAGCUUACUAUGGAGUCUGUGUGUACCAUGUUGGGCCACAAGAUUGACAGCUGGAAGACUGUACAGAGUAUCAUUCGUCGUGAUGAUUUCAUUUCAAGCAUUGUCAAUUACAACACGGAAUUGCAAAUCACCAAGCAACUGAGAAACUACAUGCGCCAAAACUUCCUCAAUAACCCCAAUUUCGAGUACGAUAUCGUCAACCGUGCCUCCAAGGCAUGUGGUCCUCUUUUCAAGUGGGUGUCUGCUCAGUGCAACUUUUCAGAAAUCCUGGAUCGCGUGGGUCCUCUGCGUGAAGAACUGAACCAGUUGCAACAAAGCUCUGAAGACACCAAGAAUCAAGCUGUAGAAAUUGAGCAAAUGAUUGCUGAUUUAGAGACCAGUAUUGGUCGCUACAAGGGCGAGUAUGCUGCAUUGGUGGGUGAAACACAACUGAUCAAGUCGGAAAUGGACCGUGUCAAGUUCAAGGUGGAUCGUAGUAUCACAUUGCUUAGUUCCCUGUCCUCUGAAAAGACGCGUUGGGAGUCUGCUAGUCAAGCAUUUGAGAGCCAAAUGGGUACAAUUGUCGGUGAUGUGUUGCUGGCUGCUGCCUUUAUGGCGUAUGGUGGUUACUUUGAUCAACAGUACCGUGAUAUUCUGAUGCAAAAGUGGAUGGACCAUCUGUUGGCUGCCAACAUUCAAUUUAAGCACGAAGUGUCUCUCACAGAGUAUUUGUCUACUGCUGAUGAACGUCUCUCAUGGCAAGCCAACUCGCUCCCUGCUGAUCAACUCUGUAUUGAAAAUGCCAUUAUGCUGAAGCGCUUUGACAGAUAUCCUCUGAUCAUUGAUCCCUCUGGCCAAGCAACCAACUUUUUGAUCAACGAGUACAAGGACCGCAAGAUCACUGUCACCAGUUUCCUAGAUGACAGUUUCAUCAAAAACCUCGAAAGUGCCUUGCGUUUCGGUAACCCCAUUCUGAUUCAAGACGUCGAGCAUCUGGACCCCAUCUUGAAUCCUGUGCUCAACAAGGAGCUGCGUCGUACUGGUGGUCGUGUGCUGAUUCGCCUGGGCAACCAGGACAUUGAUUUCUCUCCUGCCUUUACACUGUUCCUGUCUACGCGUGAUCCUUCAGUCAACUUUGUGCCUGAUAUUUGUUCUCGUGUGACAUUUGUCAACUUUACUGUGACAAGAGGUAGUUUGCAGAGUCAAUGUUUGAACAAGGUGCUGAAGGCUGAGCGACCCGAUGUGGAUCAAAAGCGAACCGAUUUGAUCAAGUUGCAAGGUGAAUUCCAGCUCAAGCUGCGUCAUUUGGAAAAAGCAUUGCUUCAGGCUUUGAAUGAAUCCAAGGGUAACAUUCUGGAUGAUGACAAGGUGAUUGACACUUUGGAGACUCUCAAGAAGGAAGCAGCAGAUAUUACACGCAAGGUGGAUGAGACCAACACUGUCAUGCAGGAAGUCGAACAGACAACUGCCAUCUACACACCUUUGGCACAUGCCUGUAGUUCCAUCUUCUUUGCCAUGGAGCAGCUCAAUCUGGUCAACCAUUUUUACCAAUUCUCGCUUGAUUUCUUUUACGAAAUCUUUGAAUAUGUCAUUCAUGCCAAUCCCAACUUGAAGGGCAUCACUGAUCCUACGGAGCGUUUGGAGAUUCUCUCUCGCGACCUGUUCUCUGCCGCCUACAAGCGUGCUUCUCGUACUCUGGUGCAUGAAGAUCAUACCAUGUAUGCAGUCUUAUUGUGUCAAAUCCGUAUUCGUGGUUCGCAAGAGAACAUGGACGAAACUGAAUAUGAUUUCCUACUGAGUGGUGGUGAUGCUGUGGUGGGUUCUACCCUGACUGCAGCUAGCUUGGGAUUGCCCGACUUUAUUUCUGAUGAAACGGCACAACGUAUCAAGGAGUUUUCUACGCUGACUUGCUUCAACAAGAUGAUUGAUCAUAUCAUUGCUAAUGAAAAUGACUGGAGAGUGUUUGUGGAGCACAAUCAGCCUGAAACUGUGGUUCCCUUGUGCUGGGAAGGUGCUGGUAGUAACCGUUCACUGGAUUCUCUUCGUAAAAUGUUGGUUAUCAAGUGCUUCAGAUCUGAUCGUCUCUUACCUGCUACCUCUAUUUUCGCUACUGAAAUCUUUGAUGCUGAUUUUAUGAACGCGGGUGAGCUGAACUUGCAACAAGUCGUCAAUGAUGAAGUGGGCAGUUCUACACCUUUAGCUCUUUGCUCUGUACCUGGUUACGAUGCUAGUUACCGUGUUGACAAUUUGGUCUCGGAAACCAACAUGCGCUGCACAUCGGUUGCCAUGGGUUCUGCUGAAGGCUUUGCUCUGGCUGAUCAAGCCAUCUCUACUGCCAUUAAGACAGGUAACUGGGUCAUGCUCAAGAAUGUGCAUCUUGCUCCCUCAUGGCUGGGCCAACUGGAAAAGAAACUGCACAGCAUGAAACCUCAUCGCAGCUUCAGACUCUUCCUAACCAUGGAAACCAACCCCAAGGUGCCUGUCAAUCUGUUGAGAAUGUCUCGUAUCUUAAUGUUUGAGCCUCCUCCAGGAAUCAAGGCCAAUCUCCAAGAGUCCCUCGGCAGCAUUCCUCCCUCUCGCUUGAGCCGUGGUCCCUCUGAACGCGCUCGUCUCUACUUUAUGCUAGCAUGGUUGCAUGCUAUUGUUCAAGAACGUCUUCGCUAUGUGCCAUUGGGCUGGACCAAGGUGUAUGAAUUCAACGACUCUGAUCAAGAUUGUGCUUUCAAUACCAUUGAUAAGUGGUUAGACACUGCUUCUGGUGGCAGAGCCAAUAUCUCGCCUGAAAAGAUCCCUUGGGAUGCAAUCCGUUCACUGCUGAAGCAAUCUAUUUACGGUAAUCGCAUUGAUAACGAGUACGACCAACGUCUCCUGGACUCCUUUGUCAACACACUCUUCACGCCUGAAUGUUAUGAUAUUGAUUUCGAGCUGGUCAAGGGCAACGGUGAAAAUGACAAAUCGAUUGUCGUGCCUGACGGUACCAAGAUGGAGCAAUUCACUGAAUGGGUGGGCAAAUUGCCUGACCGUGAACCUCCCACCUGGCUUGGUCUUCCUGGCAAUGCUGAGCGUGUCUUGCUGACGUUGAAGGGUAACAACAUGCUGUCCAAGGUGCGCAAGAUGAAGAGUUUGAGCGAUGACGAUGAGACUGCCUAUACACAAGACGCUUCUGCUGGUGCUAGCGGUGCAUCGAGUAACAAGCAGGCAACCAACAAUGCUCAACCUGCUUGGAUGCGUGCCUUGAGUGCAUCCAUCACCAACUGGUUGACAUUGCUGCCUUCUCACAUCAAGGCCAUGCAACGCGAUAGCUCUGGUAUCAUGGAUCCUCUGUUCAGAUUCUUUGAGCGCGAGAACCAAAUUGCUCGUAAAUUGCUCGGCGUCAUUCGUGAAGAUCUCACUCAACUGCAAAAGGUGUGCGUUGGCGAGCUCAAGCAAACCAACCAUCUGCGUCAAUUGAUGAGCUGGCUGAACAAGGGUCUGAUUCCUGACCACUGGAAGCGAUACAAGGUACCCAAGAGCAUUUCAUUGAACGCCUGGCUCGCUGAUCUCAAGCUGCGUUUGGAGCAAGUGGAAUCCCUCUCCCAGGAGUCCUCAUUUGAUCAGGUCGAGAUUGCUAUUGGCAGUCUGUUUACUCCUGAAGCCUACAUUACAGCCACAAGACAAGCAACAGCACAGCGAUUCAAAUGGUCUUUGGAAGAACUCGUAUUGGAUGUCGAUAUUGGAGAUACAAAGCAGACACAAGGCUAUCGUAUUCGUGGCAUGAAGAUGGAAGGUGGUAAAUGGCAGGAUAAUGAAAUUCAACUGACAUCAGAGCCUACCAGUAAAUUGCCGCUUAUCGCUGUUCGCUGGAUCAAGAAGGAGAAUCAGCAGCAACAAGUUCAAAAUCUGGUUGAAUUGCCCGUGUAUCUCAAUUCCGAUAGAGCUGAAUUGCUGUUUACCAUUUCAGUACCUGCUAAUUCCAGCGAGAAGGAUAGAAUUCCUCAAAGAGCUGUGGCCCUCGUCAUCUCAUUUUAA